AUUUCCUCUGUGUCGGCACAGUCUAUCUGGGUCUAACCUAUAUUAUCUUCAACCGUGCCCUCCACGUCGUUAGCUGAAAAUAUAGUGCCUUUGUAUUAAGCUCUGUUUAAGGCUUCCGGGUUCCUUCAUCAAGCAUCUCAUCCUCAACUCGUUUCCCUAUGAUUACAAGACGGUUCAUAUUUCGGACCCAACAAAAAUUUCAUACCUAAAUUAUGGCUGCAUCACAUGAUUACUCUGCAGCUUGCUGCUCAAUCCCCCCCAUUGUGGCUAAAGGUUAUCAACCACACGGCAAAUAUGAGACUAUUGGCGGGCUAAAGACCUAUGUCACUGGUUCGGAAACCGCUACAACUGGUAUUCUCCUGAUUUACGAUAUCUUUGGCUUCGCCAGCCAAACUCUCCAGGGUGCCGACAUUCUUGCCACUUCAGACAAACACCACGAAUACAAGGUGUUUAUACCUGACUUCUUACUCGGUGAGUACGCGCAAAAAGAAUGGUUUGCAGACGACGAAGGCAAGAAAGUGCACCUUCCAAACUGGCUUAAGUCCCAUGGUCCUCCAACGGCGAUCAAGCAGAUGCCUGACACCCUAAACUCUCUCAAUAAAUCAUACAAUAAGAUUGAUAAAUGGGGAUGUAUCGGCUUUUGCUGGGGUGGCAAGGUCGCAACCCUGACGUCCAAAGAGGGCACGACUUGGAAGGCCGCCGCACAAGCUCACCCGGCGAUGUUGAAUCCCGACGACGCAACGAGCGUCGUAGUCCCUUUCCUGUCUAUCGCAUCUAAAGAUGAGUCGGCUGAAGAUCACGCGAAAUUCGCAGAAAAUCUAAAAGUCGAGAAGCGUGUCGAGACCUUUGACGACCAGAUACAUGGUUUUAUGACAGCUCGUGCGGAUCUCGAGGCGGAGCGCAGCCGGGAGGAGUACGAAAGGGGCUACAAAAUGUUGCUUGAAUUCUUCGCAGCAUAUUUGUGAGACUUCGAUUGCGGGCAUCUAGAAGUGCUUGGAAAAGCUGAAGCUUUAAACCCUACGAAAAUAAUAGCUUCAUAUAAAAUACUAUUCAAACUGUC